CGGUCCUGACGGCGUUUCCGGGCGGGGGAGCGGGGAUGUGCGUCCGGGUUGGGUCAGCUCCAGAGAGCGGUUUCCUUUCGCCUUCCCUCCUUCCCUGACUCUCUUCCUCCCUCCUUCGCCGCCGCUGAGGUGGAGCCGCCGCUGUGCCUUCAGAGGGAGCGCCGUCCACCCUGCUCCUGCAACGGACUGAAUCGGUAAUUUCCUGAGUAAACAAGAGGGUCACUUGGGCUGCAAAGAUGUUGGAAGAAGAUAUGGAGGUGGCCAUCAAGGUGGUGGUAGUAGGAAAUGGAGCUGUUGGAAAGUCCAGUAUGAUUCAGCGAUAUUGCAAGGGGAUUUUUACAAAAGACUACAAGAAAACUAUUGGUGUAGAUUUCCUGGAAAGACAAAUCCAAGUUAAUGAUGAAGAUGUCAGGCUAAUGUUGUGGGACACUGCAGGUCAAGAAGAAUUUGAUGCAAUAACUAAGGCCUACUAUAGAGGAGCCCAGGCCUGUGUUCUUGUGUUUUCUACAACUGACAGAGAGUCCUUCAAAGCAAUCCCUACCUGGAAGGAGAAAGUUGUGAAUGAAGUUGGAGACAUUCCCACAGUUCUGGUGCAGAAUAAGAUUGAUCUUCUUGAUGACUCUUGCAUAAAGAAUGAAGAGGCAGAAGCACUGGCAAAAAAGCUAAAAUUAAGAUUCUACAGAACAUCUGUGAAGGAAGACCUAAACGUAACUGAAGUUUUUAAGUAUUUGGCUGAUAAAUAUCUUCAGAAGCUCAAGCAACAAACAGCUGAGGAUCCAGAACUAGUACAUACAAGCAGUAACAAGAUUGGUUUUUUUAAUACAGCUGGUGGAAGUUACUCCAAUCAAAAUUCUAACACUCUUAAUGGUGGAGAUGUCAUCAAUCUUAGACCAAACAAACAGAGGACGAAGAAAAACAGAAGUCCUUUUAGCAAUUGCAGCAUACCUUAGACCACUUCUGGAGGGCCAAAAAACGACCCAGUGAAUUGGAUGAAAUUGUGCAAUUGAAUACAGAACAAAGCCGGCUGUAGAGGUAUUUUUACCUGUGCUUUAGCAAAUCUUGUGCCUAUGGAAUCCUUGAUAGAGGGUGGAUUCAUAUUAAACUCACUGAUGCAUUGGGUUUGUUGUGUGUAGAGGAAGACACCUGGUGGUGAAAGACAAAACUGCGGCUGCCCCUGCACUUCGUAAAAAUUAGGCAAGCUUCUCCUUUAAGGGAUUAUUUACAGAGCUAUGAACUAGGUGUUGCUGAACUACAAAGCGUGUUUAAUGUAAGGAUAAUACUUACAAGUAUAGGUACAGACCAUAACACUAUGGCCCAAGGUAACGUAGCAACCUUGCAACUAAUCUUCAAAGAAAAUGUUAGAAUUGGUUAUGACACUAAGAUAAACGAAAAGCAAAAAGAAGACACUAUGUUUUAUGCCUGACUAUAUUAAUAUGGAUUCUGGUAGUUCUGUUGGUGCAACAUAUUUGUAAUAUACAUAUGAGUGCUAAGAUCCAUGUGUAAACAUUUGGUAUGAAUAUUUAGGCUUUCCAGUGCCCACAUUACUUGGGGAUCAGCUAAUGAUUAUAAAAAAGCACCUUCCAAAAAAAUUUCCUUUAAAAAUGUUGCAUUUCAGAUAGGCUUUAUUUCCCAGCUGCCACUGUGUAUGUUUAACUUGCUAGACUUUCGGCCUAGAAGCUUAGGUUUUAAAAUGUAUGGUGCCAAAACUACUCCUCCUUUUUACUUAAUGCUGUGCUGCAGAUCUAAGUAUGUUUUUGUCAGUCUUAACAGGUUGAACGAAUAACACAGUCAUUGACACUAACAGCUAUUCAGAAGAACCAUAUAAUCA